CGGGUAAUGGAAACAUAAGAGUUAAAAGACACCUAAUUUAAUACUGUGAAAUUAUUAGUGGUCAAUUCAUUGUUUCAUUUCUAUUGAAAUCAAAUGCAUGCUAGUAUAAGUUAAAUCAUGGAUCAACUACAGAAUGACCUGAGACAGUGUUUGGAUUUAUUGGACUCUACUAAAGUGACAGAAAGACGGAAAAAAUGUUCAGAACUACAAGACUACCUUCAGCGGCAGGAUGUCACAAAGUUGUUGAACGAAAACACAAAGAUCAGGGAGGGAAUCACCUGGGAUGCCAUUCUAUCCACUGCCCAUAGAGGAUUACUCAAAGAGGCUGAUAAAAUCAGGGAUGAAGAACAAAAAGGCAAAGGAUCUGCUAAGCUGGAUGGUCCUAAAGUUUCCUUCUGUGGACUGAUAUCAACCAUAACCAAUAAAGCCAACACAGGAGGUGUACAGAGACUGAGUGCAGGACUGCUUCUGCAGUGUGUCCUCAGCAUAAUACAGGAGAGAUUUCACUGUAAACACUUUGGCUUCACCUACCUGCAGGUGUUGCGUCACCAGAUACUUACUUGCCAUAACUACUGUGCCAAUGUUGGGGAAGACAAUUGGAAAGAUUUACUACGAUUGUGUGAGCAUCUUUACAGAAACCCACCUCCGAGAGUUGAUAAGAUUCUGAUUCUCUCCACUCUAAACCUCAUUGUGAAAAAAGGUGGAAAGCAUUCAUUUGUGGCCUUAGAAAUCAAGAAGAAGUUUCCGUUUAUCACAGAGUGUAUAAAGAGUGAUGCCAGAACACUUAACCUACAAGAACACCUGGCUAGGUUGGCUCUAUCAAUGUGUGAAACCUUGCAAUAUGAAUGCCGAAUGUCAAUCUGUAAAUUUGGAGAAGAAGUUAUGUCAGACCUCAGAAACAUGUAUGACUACCGAGAAACUGGAGCUUCUAGAAAAAAGGAUAUUCUUCUGGAGUGGUUCCUGGUGCAGGUUAGGGCUCAUCAUCCGGGUGGUGCGAGACGCGGGUGUCCGGGUGCCUACGCUCACGAGUGGGAUAUCUGGGUGAAACAGCUCGGAUGGCUCUACCAGCUGGUAACUGCUGAGGUCACAUCGCUGUUGAGACACAGAAGUGUUUGCCGGACGUUGAAGCCUGCGUUUAUUAGUCUGGCGGUUUGUGUUUGCAAACAGGUGUUUGAGACUGACAGUAGACGACUUUUGGACAUGAGCCUCAUUUCCAACCUGGAGGACACGUCCAUGGUGGAGGCCCACGGCAGCGGCAGCGCUCCCAAACGGAUCAAACUUGAAACUGGAGUUGCGGCUGUGGUGGACAAACUGGCAACGACCCCUCAACAAGACAUGUGGCCGUGGUUGUCGCUGCUGACAGCCUUGUGUUUCCAUCACCCAGAUCUGGUGACGGAAAGUGACUUAUCCUCUUUGCUACAAAUCUGCUCAGAGAAUCUCCAGACUUGUAAAGAUAUAUCGACCACUGAGAACUUGUACAGAUGCUGUGAAGCACUGUUGUUUGUGGAGAGCAAGAAAGAUGUCAAACUUCUAGACACGAAGAGGUUAACACAGUUAUGGGAGAGCAUUUGGGACACUUCAUUGAGAGCCUUAGGCCUUAACCUGUGUGAGGAGAGGUCACAUAGCCUGGUGUGUAGAUUGGUUCACAGCAGCAAACAGCUGACUGUUGAUCGUCUGCUACAACUGUUUGUCUCUGGUGCGAUCCACAGGUCGUCCCACAGUCUGCAGACGUUGUUGACCAUCGCUACCAACUACUGUAUCUCCGAUUUGGUUGGGGUCAAGGAAUGCAAGACGCUGAUGGACUGGGUGUUGCCUUGUAGAGAGGAAGGAUCAGACGACCACACUAGCAGUAUCUCUGUACUGAACUGCACUGAUCUGGUGGCUAAAGCACUGGUAGCUCUGACAAUCAAGUCCACCGCCCCUGCUGGUGAGAUUGAACAGCCUACUACGACAGUCUCUGGCGUAGAGCAACACUACCUUUACACGACAUUUGAAGGAGGACUUGUAACCAAAGCGAGUACCAAGGCAACAGUAAAGAAGAAAGCUAAGGAGAUUUUGACGGAGCCUGUGCUGGUGAGUCAUUUGAGGCUGGUGGUAAACAGAGAGCACUUUGCUGUCAAGGAGGGUGUUAGACAAGUAGACACCCAACCUGUAGCUGCAGGUGUCUACAGUCUGGCUCUCAACACACAACUGCUGGCACACAUCACCAGCGUACUUAGAGACUGGGGGCUAAACGUUGAUAACAGACUGGCAUCACUCCUAUCUGAGUCUUGUGACUUGACGGCUGACUCUAUCAAAGACGUUUUGACGAACCAAAGCGACACAGCUACAAUAUCAAAUGUGCUGGACCGGUUGUUACACCUGCUACAGCUGUUGGCCGACACACAAUCACCUGAUCUUGUGAGACGUCUGGCCACCGAUUACAUCACCAAAGCGUGCUACACGCUGGCACUGGUGUCGCAGCGUGCUCACCAGCCGACAGGUGAUUUUGAUUUUGAUGAGAUGGAUAUUACUCCAGCCAAUUGCUCAGAGGACAUUUCUCCGUUUGACGAAGAGAGUGUGCAAGGCUGGGCUAGUGUACAGUUGACAGCCUACAGAGCAGCACUACAAGCCAGUAGGGCUAACCUGGGCUUUAUGAUCAGGAUACUCAAAGUGCCUUCCAACAACAACCCUGAAGUUUCCCCUACCACCAGUCUACACAUGGCUCUGUCAGCUGCGAGAUUGGUGUGCUCGCUGUCGUCCGUAGAUGACAAUGUGUUAACAAGUCUUCUGUUACUACUACAACAUCUGUGUCGUCAGUGGCAUGCCAACGACAUCGCAACCAUCACCAUCCUCGACUUCUUGCAAGACGUUUGUAACCAUUUGGACCGAUGCCCUGAUGAUGACAAUCGCAGCAACUACAUCGUUUUGGUAACGGGCAUCCUGAAAUUCAGCCGAAAAAGGAAAUAUGGAGCUCACGUUUGUGACAGAUUUGUUCGUCUUCUAGGGCAUAUUGCUCAGGUGGAUCCACUGGGGCUGUGGACGUCGAGGGAGACUAAUGACGGGAGCUACAGAGCAUUUGCACAUGAGCUACUCUCCUUCCUCGAGUCUCCCUUCCAUCAGGUCAGAAUGACGGCUUGUCAGAAUCUAUGGACAUUGUUCUCAUCUUCCACUGUUCAACAACAGCAAGCCAUGUUAGAUGAGUUGCUGACAGCAGUCAAUGAAGUGUUCAUCGUUCAGGGUGACUUGAUAGCAGAGGAGCAGCAAGAUGAAGGGGUGUUACGCACAGCCACAGCUCUACAUGCGUUGGCGGCUCUGUUGGCCAUGACAUCACGCUGGCGAGCCCGAGCAUUGCAGCACACCUGCCUGCUCACUGUCGAAAAAAACCUGAACACUGAUCUAGUCAAGAAGAUGCUGACAGUGGUAGCAGAUCACCUGGGAGUGGCCAGCCUGGGUGGCCUGGUGCAGCCGAUGUUGCCCUCAGUGUUGUGGGGCUGGCACGAACGGUUCAACAGUCUCGACCGGUUCCCCUGGCAGGCUCUAGGCUACCCAGAUGAGAACCGGUUCUACCAGGCCAAUCUGGCGGCUGUGGUGCCGGUUCUGGUGCACCGCCGGGACGAAAAAUCACUCUCUCAUGUUUCCUCUGUCAUUGGGCAGAGUGUCAUGCAAAUAGUGCAGACGUGCUAUCCUGUUCUUGUUGGAAGUAUUUUGCCCCGGCUUGCAGACGAAAAUCAACAACAGAGCGCCACCAUUAUCAGUGGAACAGUGGAUAAAUAUCUGGGGGGAGAAAAAUUCAACAUGAUGCUUGUAAGCAAGAUGGGAAGUGUUAUAACCAACAUGUUGGCAACACUGUAUGACCAGGAUUGUCUCAGAGGUCUAUGUGGAGAUGAGCUGACUGUACUGCCGGAGCCUGGCAAGCUAAUGUUCUCUACUGACCUUAUACUGGGUGGUCUACGUUACAUACAGGAAAAUUCGCCCAAGAGUGGUGUUCCACUGCUAGUCUUCUUGUCUCUAGAGAAACCUAGAUUCAUCCAGAAAUCACUUUUGAAUCUGUAUUCAAAAGUUCUACAAACGAAGAUACCUGAAUACAAACUGUUGUAUUUGCAUCAGUUUGUCAGUUUGUGUGACAUGGUGAUCUCAGUCAUUGGUCAGCCCCAGUUCAAGAUGUCCUCUUUCAGCAUUUCUUGGGUGGUGAGGGUGCUGCUACACCUGGUGGAAGGAGACACACAGAUGUUGGCUGUGUCUUACCUCUGCAAGUUUCUGUCAGCAGUUCUACCCUCUCAUCAUUCACUGUUGGAUGGCUUACUGCCCAUCAUCACCUCUAGACUGGUGCCUCUCGCAUCUCCGGAUACCAGUGCUGGUCGUAAGGUGCUCUCUGUUUUGGAGCUGUUGUUGGUCACUCACGCCUCAACACUGCCCAGUGUUGCCAACCUAGACCCUCUCCCGUCGGAGCCGAUGUUUGCGCCCCUGUCACAACAGUACCAGACACUGCGCUACGCUGACCCCCUCUCCACCUCCCUGCAGGCUGAGAUACAACAUGUGUUGACUGCUGGGGAGGGCGAUGGGACAUGUCGACCGGAAGGAUUGAGGCAUCUUAGGAAACAGUUGUCAGAGAAGAAGCCUGAGCUUGAACAGCUGUUCAGUGAGCUACGAGCCACGAGAGGCUUCACAGAAGACUGUGAUCAGAGUCUCCUACAUCAGCUGAUCAGUCUACUUAUUAGAAUAAUAGCAGGAUCAGAUCCUGAGGCUAGAUACGAAGCGGCAUGUUGUCUUGGGGAGAUUGGCCCGGGAGACCUGACAACACUAGGUCUCAAGCCAGACGCCCCCAACUCAUCAGAUGUUCCCCUGGACCUGUUGCUUCAGACGAUAGUCGGUCAUCUGACCAAACAUCUGUUUGACUCUGACAUUCAGGUGGUUCUGGCAACUUCAGAAGCACUGUACGCCCUCUGCGGUAACUUCAGUCAACAACUAACAGGUGUAUUGACGACAGAACAGUCAGAUCUGCUGUACCCGUUCAUCAGCACUGCUACCAGGAGUGGUCACAAGAAGCCUUCAACAGUCAGUGUAGACGAGGACGCUCUUGUCCCUGUGGUGCCGUUGUUCUAUCCUAAGAACGUCUGUUCCUCAAUGUUUGAUGUUACAGGUGUAUUGACGACAGAACAGUCAGAUCUGCUGUACCCGUUCAUCAGCACUGCUACCAGGAGUGGUCAUAAGAAGCCUUCAACAGUCAGUGUAGACGAGGACGCUUUGUCUCUGUAG